GAUGGACGAGGGCGGAACCUUCGCACGGUCCUUCCGCCGCGGGGGUGUGGUGCGUCUAAGCCAAUCAGAGCGCGGGGGCGGAGCCAGCCCAGCUUCUGGAAAUGGCGGCGGUCGCGGAGUCCGUGAGUGCGGCGGGGGCGGGGCUUCGCUGUGGCUCCUCCUCCGCUCUCCCCCCUACCCCGCGGUCCCAGGGUGGAGAGGAGGGGUCUCGGCGGCCGGGGCUGGUGGGCUUCACAACGAGCGGGGGCCCCGGGCUCCCGGGUCGGAGGCGGGACAGAUCCUGGAUCCCGGAGGCUGGUCCUCAGUCUGGAGGCUCCACCCGCCCCCACCCCCGGACCACCUUCAGUUUUCCAUUGCAAGGAACCGCGCCUAAGCCCCUGGCCCCUGCCCCCUGGGCGCUGCCCUCAGGCCCCGUCUGGUUCCCAAUGCACUCGUCUCUGUGGCCUCCUUUCCCCAGCUGCUCGCCUGCCGCCAUGCUGCCCCUGCGCCUCUGCCCGCGGUGGCCGCGCAACCCUCCCAGCCGGCUCCUCGCGGCGGCUGCCCGGCAGCGGUCUGGCCCCAGCAACUACUAUGAACUAUUGGGGGUGCACCCUAGUGCCAGCACUGAAGAAGUUAAACGAGCUUUCUUCUCUAAAUCCAAAGAGCUCCACCCUGACCGCGACCCGGGGAACCCGACCCUGCACAGCCGCUUUGUGGAGCUGAGUGAGGCCUACCAAGUGCUCAGCCACGCGGAGAGCCGCCGGAACUACGACCUGCAGCUGCGCUCCGCCACGGCCCCGACCCCCGGUGCCUCGGGCCCUCGCGGGGCAGCGCAUCAGGCAUACAGAGGCGCUUGGGAAGACCCCAAUUCAAGAUACUGGGCGCAGUUCCGUGGCGUGAGGCCGCAGGGGCCAGAAGAGAGGCGGCGGCAGCAGAAACUCAACCAGCGGGUGAUGGGGUACUGCCUGCUGGUCAUGCUGGCGGGCAUGGGCCUGCACUACGUGGCCUUCAGGAAGCUGGAACAGAUGCACCGGAGCUUCAUGGACGAGAAGGACCGGAUCAUCACCGCCAUCUACAACGAGGCCCGCGCCAGGGCCAAGAAGGCCAGGCUGCAGAAGGAACCGCCGCAGAACCAGCAGCCGCCGCCCGGGCCGGUCCCGGGCCCCGAGGUCGUGCGCCCCGGCAGCAGCCCCUGAGCGCUGUCCACUCCCCCAAACUCCUGCAAUAAAGACCUUCACAGA